UAGAGUUGAGAAUUUCCGAGAAAAGCCAAAUUAGGGUCAGAAAAUGAGGAGAGGUAAGAACACGAUAGAUCCAGUAAAAUUUGUGUGCGUACUUGUCUCUAUUGUUUUCACCUUCAUUCUAUUCAUUUCAAUCCUCAAAAUCCAUGAACUUCCAGUGAAGAAGAACAAUGCGAUCCUUUCAUGGGGCGGUAAGAAAAUCAAGUCGACUCCCAAAGAUGCGAAAGUGGGGAAGUUCGGUGGAAUGGUGAUUGAGAUGUUACCUGAAGAUCUGGCUUUCACUUUAUUUCUACCGUCGGAGAAAGCGUUCGAGCGUGAUUUGGGACUGCGGUUGAACGAAAGCUUGGCGGAGGCGAAGGUGGAUGAUACGAAUGCGGUACUUACUCGCGUGCUGGGGUUUUCCGCCUUGCCGAGGAUCAUUUAUUCGGAGAAUGUGGUUUCUGGGGAGGAGAUUAGCUAUGAUUCGUUGUCUGGUUUCACUUUGUUGAUUGUGAAGGAUUCGAAGGGUUCGUUGGUGGUUAAUGGAGUUCGAUCGGAAAUGGUGGAUUUAAGGAGAGGGAAGAUUGUUGUUCAUGUUAUGGACGGUGUGUUAAUGGAUGCAGAGUUUGAGCAGUCUGUUCGCCCAGAUUUUAGUGGAGGAGAUUGAUCUUAGUGUAGCUUCGAAAUUUCUUAAACUCCCUGAAGAUUGUAGCUUCUAAUGCAAAAUGUAAAAUUGAAACUAAAUAUUUUCCAGGCUUGUUUAUAUUGAAUGAUAGAUUAUAGUUCUUGUGUAUAUUGAAACUAAAUAUUUUCCAGGCUUGUUUAUCUUGAGCUUUUCAUCAAA